CAGCCCUGCCCUCGCCUGUGUGGGGUGCUGCACCGCAUGGUACGAUCCGCGUGACGCCUUCCAGCCAGUCGUGGGGCUUUGGGUCGAGAGCCGUGCUUGUGCGCUUUGCCUUUUAGAGCCCAGGUCUCGGCGUUCCAAAACUCCGAACGAAACGGUGCUGACCUCGCAUUUCUGAGGAGCUGUGUGCAGCAUUUUGACACCUGUAUGAACCUUUCGUCUAGCAUGUAAUUUCCUGACAAGUUGUUUGAAGCAAGACCGCGAGUUUAAUAAGGAAGGAGGUCGAGGAAGUGAGCUGUAUAGGACUGGGAACUUGGUAAACAAAGGACCGGUGGUUCGAAAGUGUAGAAAUGAGGACGGAAAACAGGUGGGAAGAGCAGGUGUUAUUUUCUUUUCCCCUCUGUGGGGCAUCCUUUGGCCAGUUCUCUGUGUGACUUCCCUCCUCUGUUAAAUGGUCAAGGUCUGUGCUCUCAGCAGUAGGUGGGUCUGGGAUAGAAAUACACCGCUCCAAGUACUAGCAACCAAAGUUGAGGAAUCUGCGUGCGAGGAGUAUAGAAAAUUUAGGGAUUAUUUCAAAUUGGGUUGAGAGUGGGAAGUGGUAGUGUCUUGUGAAGAUUUUUACUCUGCCUUCGGAACUCUAGAGAUGCCAUGCGUCCUCUGGAGAGGAUGGAAGCAGGGAGGUUGAAGGAGUUCUGAAAAGAAGAGUUAUUGAUGGCAGAACAAUGUGAAUAUCCAAAGUUUUCUUCCUUCUGAGGGAAGACCACGCUCCCAGGGUUCGCGUCGCAGGGGCAGACACGUGGAUCGAGAGACGUCUCGAGCCCACCCGCGCCCUGCCUUGUGUGUUUUAAAGCACACCAGGCUUCUACGGCAGAGUCCCUGGCAAAUCCUGCCUGCUCUGCCUCUUUUUGGGCGCGACGCCUUGGCUAAGGUUGCAGGGAAAGUGCCUGGAGGUGCCGUGACGGCUGCUGGGAAGAGGGCCGGCCUGGGAGGGCCGGACGGCAGGUUCUGUAGUCUCCACGGUAACCGCAUGCAACUGGAUCCCGCUGAGUGAUCCGCGGGUUCCGGCUGGCGGCACGUUAUCUAUCGGACUCCCCUUCCCCAGAAGUGCUUUCCUUGAGGCAUUUUUUUCACGUGGUUCUUGGCUAGCUAGCCUCUCUAAUUGAAAAGCGGUGAUGUGGGCCCUGGUAGUCGACGGCGACUGCGGUUCUCUGAGACCGGCAGGCGGCCUUUUUACCUCGAAGUGUCUGUAGUUGUCGCUAGUCCUUCUUGAUGCCAGAGAGCUGAUUCCAGCUGUUGUGCUGGGAAGGCCAUUGUGAUUAUGUGGUAACUACAAUUAUCUUACUACUGAUUUUCUCACUGGAAUCAUGGAGGAGAAACAGCAGAUUAUAUUGGCUAAUCAAGAUGGCGGGACAGUGCCAGGAGCAGCACCUACCUUCUUUGUCAUCCUGAAACAGCCAGGAAAUGGCAAAACUGAUCAAGGAAUUUUGGUUACUAAUCGGGAUGCCUGUGCUUUGGCUACCAGUGUGUCAUCACCAGAAAAAUCUAAAGGAAAGAUUUGCCUUCCAGCUGAUUGUACUGUAGGAGGAAUCACUGUCACCUUGGAUAACAAUAGUAUGUGGAACGAAUUCUAUCAUCGAAGCACAGAGAUGAUUCUGACGAAGCAGGGAAGACGCAUGUUUCCUUACUGUCGUUACUGGAUAACAGGUUUAGAUUCAAAUAUGAAAUACAUCCUUGUCAUGGAUAUAUCCCCCGUGGAUAAUCACCGUUACAAGUGGAACGGCCGCUGGUGGGAGCCCAGCGGGAAGGCUGAGCCGCAUGUAGUGGGGAGGGUUUUUAUCCAUCCGGAGUCUCCUUCCACAGGCCACUAUUGGAUGCAUCAGCCAGUGUCUUUCUACAAACUCAAACUUACAAACAAUACGCUGGACCAAGAAGGCCAUAUUAUCUUGCACUCUAUGCAUCGCUACUUGCCACGGCUUCACUUGGUGCCUGCAGAAAAGGCUACUGAAGUGAUACAAUUAAAUGGCCCUGGUGUCCACACUUUUACCUUCCCACAGACUGAAUUCUUUGCAGUAACAGCUUAUCAAAACAUUCAAAUUACCCAGUUGAAAAUAGAUUACAAUCCAUUUGCUAAAGGCUUCCGGGAUGAUGGCCUGAAUAGUAAGCCCCAGAGAGAUGGAAAGCAAAAGAACAGCUCUGACCAAGAAGGGAACAGUGUUCCCAGUUCUCCUGGUCAACGGGUCCGUCUUACAGAAGGUGAGGGGUCAGAGAUGCAGCUAACAGAUUUGGAUCCUUUAUCAAGGGGUCAGGAAACAUCAGGCAAGGGUUUGGAGAAGCCUUCCCUUAAUAUAAAGCGAGAUUUUCUUGGUUUCAUGGAUAUUGAUUCAGCACUUGGUGAAGUCCCUCAGUUGAAGCAAGAGGUUUCUGAAAGCCUUGGCAACAGUUUUGAAGAUGGCUCCCAUGUAACAUCACCAUUAAACCCAAAUGAAAACUUCAAUGUUGUCAUUAAAGAAGAGCCUCUGGAUGAUUAUGAAUAUGAACUUGGUGAGUGCCCAGAAGGGGUCACUGUGAAACAGGAAGAGACAGAUGAGGAAACAGAUGUAUACUCAAACAGUGAUGAUGAUCCUAUACUAGAGAAACAGCUGAAGAGACACAAUAAAGCUGAUAACCUAGAAGCUGACCAUUCAUCUUCUAAAUGGCAACCAAAUAGCCCAUCAGGUGUUGCUAAAGCUAAAAUGUUCAAAUUAGACGCUGGAAAGAUGCCAGUAGUCUAUCUGGAGCCCUGUGCUGUCACCAAAAGCACAGUGAAGGUUUCUGAGCUCCCUGACAACAUGCUUUCCACAUCUCGGAAGGAUAGAUCUUCUCUGUUGACAGAAUUAGACUGUUUGCCUGCGUACAUUGAAAAUUCUAAUGAGACUGGCUUCGGCUUAGGCAGAGAAUCAGAAAAUGAUCUUGGAAGCCAUUCACCAGAUACCAGAGUGGUACAGAAAUAUCCCUCACUUAAAGAAGCUCAGUGGAAAUACCCUGAUAUAUCUGACAGCGUUAACACAGAAAAACUACUUGAUAGUUUAAAGAGUUCAGUUGGGGACUCGUUUUUAGGAAAAGAGGACUUGGGCAGAAAGAAAACUAUGCUUAAGAUUUCAGUGGCUCCCAGGACUGUGAAUGCUAAUCAGAAUGCUCCUCCAAAUGUCCCUGGAAAAAGAGGAAGGCCACGAAAACUGAAACUGUCUAAGGCGGGGCGGCCACCUAAAAACACAGGAAGAUCUUUAACUUCUACAAAGAACACUCUUACGGGCCCUGGGAGUACCUUUCCAGAUGUGAAACCUGAUCUGGAAGAUGUAGAUGGUGUUCUCUUUGUUUCCUUUGAAUCAAAGGAAGCUCUAGAUAUUCAUGCAGUUGAUGGAACAAAUGAAGAAUCUUGUAGUCUUCAGGCAUCAGCUGCAAAUGACCCAGGUUGCAGAGCAAGAAUUUCCCAAUUGGAAAAGGAAUUGAUAGAAGAUUUGAAGGCCUUGCGGCACAAGCAGGUCAUACAUCCUGGUCUUCAAGAAGUGGGCUUAAAAUUGAAUUCAGUGGAUCCAGCAAUGAGCAUUGAUCUUAAGUACUUGGGAGUACAGCUACCUUUGGCUCCAGCCACUAGCUUUCCAUUCUGGAACCUUACCGGAGCCAACCCUGCCUCUCCUGAUGCUGGAUUUCCCUUUGUUUCUAGGACAGGGAAGACCAAUGAUUUCACCAAGAUCAAGGGGUGGAGGGGAAAGUUUCACAGUGCUUCUGCAUCUAGGAAUGAAGGUGGAAAUUCUGAAGGUCCAUUGAAAAACCGUUCUGCUUUCUGCAGUGAUAAGUUGGAUGAAUACUUGGAAAAUGAAGGCAAGCUGAUGGAAACAAGCAUGGGUUUCUCUUCUAAUGCUCCCACGUCGCCUGUGGUAUACCAGCUUCCCACCAAGAGUACCAGCUAUGUUCGAACACUUGAUAGUGUGCUGAAGAAGCAGUCUACCAUUUCCCCUUCUACCUCUUACUCUUUGAAACCUCAUUCUGUACCCUCUGUCUCUAGAAAGGCAAAGUCUCAGAACAAACAGGCAACUUUCAGUGGCCGAACUAAAUCAUCUUAUAAAUCCAUUUUACCAUACCCUGUUUCACCAAAGCAGAAACACACUCAUCUGAUUCCAGGAGAUAAAAUUACCAAGAAUUCUUCAAGCACCACCUCAGAAAACCGGGUGAAUAAUUUGAUUGUGCCAACUUUAGAUGAAAAUACAUUUCCAAAGCAAAUUAGUUUGCGGCAGGCACACCAGCAGCAGCAGCAGCAGCAGCAGCAACAGGGAUCUCGCCCCCCAGGCUUGUCUAAAUCUCAAGUGAAGUUAAUGGAUCUGGAAGACUGUGCACUUUGGGAAGGAAAACCAAGGACCUAUAUCACUGAAGAGCGAGCAGAUGUGUCCUUAACAACUCUGCUUACGGCUCAGGCAUCUCUCAAAACUAAACCCAUCCACACUAUCAUAAGGAAACGAGCCCCUCCAUGCAACAAUGACUUCUGUCGAUUGGGGUGUGUAUGUUCAAGUCUAGCUUUGGAGAAGCGACAGCCUGCUCACUGCCGCCGACCAGACUGCAUGUUUGGCUGCACCUGUUUGAAAAGAAAAGUUGUACUUGUUAAAGGGGGAUCCAAAACUAAGCAUUUACAGAGGAAGAGUGCUCAUCGUGAUCCAGUAUUUUAUGAUAAUUUGGGUGAGGAGCAAAAAGAAGAAGGAGAAGAGGGAGUCAAAGAGGAGGAAGAACAAUUGAAAGAGAAAAAGAAGAGAAAGAAGCUAGAGUACAGUGAGUAUUAAGA